AUGGCGCGGAGUGGCCGUGGCAGCAUGGGUGCACCCAUGAGUGCUGCUUCUGCCCAUUUUCCCCACUUUGACCACCUCUCCCGCAGCCUCCCAACAGUUUCAGUCUGCUCAAAAACUCUUCUCUGCCCAGCAUGGAGCUGCCGGUGCCCCUGCAAAAAUGUAUUCCCUUACGCUUGUGGGAAAUCUGGAGGGUUGGAUGCCUCAGUGGGACGUGGGGCUGGAAUCCCUGUUCCCCACGUGGUGGAUACGUGCCGUGUGGUAGCACGGUUUUAAAUAAUUUGCUGUGCUCUAAUCUCCAGCCCACAGGAGCCGAGUGAAUUGAUCCUAUACUUUCUGGCUAAGCUUAAUCUUUUAUUAUCCGCCAGUGCAGCUCACAGAACCGCAAGCUCCGUUUUUACUGUGGACAAUUGCAAGCACCAAAAGUGGGAAUCCCCGUUGGUAGAAAACACAAGUUUUUACAGGUUUCCCCUUUGCUGUUUUGGUUUAGAUGACAUCAUAAAACGCCACAGGAAAGAGCAAACAGAUGCCGGUGCCGCGGGGGACAGGCGAAGGCAGCAGGUCAAGAACAGGAAUUCGGCGUACGGGUACGGGCGGCCCCGUUUCCGCGCCUGGAUGCAGAGGAAUUUGCAAGGACCUAACCGUUUCAGAAGAGGAUUUGGACAACAACAAUACAAUCGGAGACAGUUCAGGAAUACUGUGCCCGGUCCCAGGAGAAGAGCAGCUGCCCCAUUAAAUGGAGUGAGCCCGUUAAAUCGCCAGGCAUCGGCUCUGGAGGGCAACAAGAACAAUGACGCUUUCGCCAAAAGCAGCAGCAGCAGUGGGCAGCCGGAUGGACGGCGACGGCCACCCCCAGGCCCUAAGAGAUUCAGAGCAGCUGCCUCCAACACCCACGGCCCGGGGAGAAGGCUCUGUGCUUGGUCAGUGCCAGCUGGGAGUGGCUACAGCCGUGUGCUCAUGCAACAUGAGAAAAUACACCCCUGGAAGCGGAUGCAGCAGCGCUUCUCCAAAGCCAACUUUCAGAGAGGGCAGAUGGAUGCUAAUGGAGAAGGGAAACCACCGAGGAUGAGAAGGUGGCACGUGAAACCCAGCGCCGGGGCAGUUCUGACGGUUUCUGUGGCUAAUCCCCAGGCGGGCCAGAGUGGCGCGCCUGGCUCCAAGCGCCCGUUCCUGCGAAGCCGCAGGCCCCCGCCGCCGCCGGCCAAGCCCCAGCCCAAGGGGGUGCUGCUGAGGUUCAACUUCCGCGCGAUGGCCAACCAGACCAGCCUGACGCUGGAUGAGAGGUUCUCUGGUCUGAGGAAUAAGAGGCGCUUUACAGCAGCCAGGAGUGCCGGCCGGACGGUCACCAUGCCUUAG